AUGAUUUGGACGGUACCGAGACGUUUACUCCCGACAGCCCGGUGCUGGGAUGCCGACAGUGAGCGGUCCUACCAGGACCUUUUUGAGAGGCUCGAUGCAAAUAAAGACGGAAAGGUGGAUGUCGCCGAACUGCGAGCGGGCCUCAAGGCGAUGGGAGUGUUCCGACAUGGUGCGGCUCAGAAAAUUGUGAUGAGCGGUGACCAGAACAAGGACGGCAGUUUGGACUUCCACGAGUUUACUAAAUACUUGAAGGAGCACGAGAAGAAACUGCGGCUGACGUUCAAGAGUCUGGACAGAAACAACGACGGGCGUAUUGAUGCCACUGAGAUUCAACAGUCCCUUUCAGAACUGGGCUUGGAGAUCAGCAAAGUGGAUGCCCUGAAAAUCCUGCAAAGCAUGGACAUUGACGGCACAAUGAUGGUGGACUGGAACGAGUGGCGGGAACACUUCCUGUUUCACCCCGCUCACAACCUCCAGGAGAUCAUACGCUACUGGAAACACUCUUCGGUGCUGGACAUCGGUGACAGCCUCGCCAUCCCUGACGAGUUCACCGAAGAAGAGAAGAGCUCUGGCGGCUGGUGGAAGCAACUGGUCGCGGGAGCCGUGGCGGGCUCAGUCUCUCGCACGGGAACGGCCCCUCUGGAUAGAUUGAAAGUUUUCAUGCAGGUUCACUCCAGUAAAACCAACAAAAUAAGCUUGGCAAAGGGUUUCAAGCAAAUGAUCGUAGAAGGAGGCAUAACGUCACUGUGGAGAGGCAACGGCAUCAAUGUUCUAAAGAUCGCACCUGAGACGGCCAUUAAAUUCAUGGCAUAUGAGCAGUUUAAGAAGUUGUUAUCAUCAGAAGGCGAAAAGAUUGAGACGCACAAAAGGUUUCUGUCUGGCUCUCUGGCUGGCGCGACUGCACAGACUGCCAUCUACCCUAUGGAGGUACUAAAGACGAGACUAACACUGAGAAAAACUGGCCAAUAUUCCGGAAUGUUUGACUGCGCCAAGACCAUCCUGAAAAAAGAGGGUGUCAAGGCCUUUUACAAGGGCUACAUUCCAAACUUACUUGGUAUUAUUCCAUACGCUGGGAUUGACCUCGCAGUGUAUGAGAGUCUCAAGAACACGUGGCUGUCGUACCACACCAAAGAUUCGGCUAAUCCGGGAGUUCUCGUGUUGCUGGGAUGCGGGACCAUAUCUAGUACCUGCGGAAUGCUGGCCAGCUAUCCACUUGCACUCGUUCGCACGCGCAUGCAAGCAAGAGCGUCCCAGAAUGCCUCAGACCAACCUACCAUGAGUUCCCUACUAAAGAAUAUCGCAGCCAAAGAUGGCUUUUUCGGACUCUACCGAGGAAUCCUACCCAACUUUAUGAAAGUCAUUCCGGCCGUCAGCAUCAGCUACGUCGUUUACGAGUACAUGAAGAUCGGUUUGGGAAUGAGCAAAUGA